GCCUGACUGUUGUCAUUCUGUGGGGAUGUAAAAAUAUGUGUCUGUACUGCCAUGAUUAGUUUCGUGAGCAUCUCAAUAUCUUUUCCUAGAGGAGCGACAAAUUAAUUGUCAUGGCUGACAUUUUGGAGGCAGUGUUUAGAAGGCAUACUUGUUCUAUUACAGCCUCCUCAGGAGACGGGAGCAUGUUGUGUCACAGCCCUACUGAAUGUAGUUCGGUGGUCGUCGUUGGAGAGCGGGGCGUCAGCAGCGCACUGUUAUUCCUGACCGCAGUAACAGCUGCCUCAGAACUUGGCCACAAAGUUCUGUUUUACACCCAUACUGUCAUUCAAAAGUUUCCAAUUCCAGUCAAGGAGUCCGUGACUAGCUUGAAACCAGACAGUCUGAAGAAAAUCCAGUUUGUGUACCCCAGAUCUUUAGAGGAGCUGCUACUGAGCGUGGCCUCACUGCAUGAGCAGAGCUCCGGGGCAGCUGCUGCCCCGUCUCUGGUGCUGGUGGACGGGCUGGACGCUUACCUGCGUGGGACGGGGGAAGGUGCCGGAGGGCCCCAGAGAGAGGAGUUGAGAGCCACGGCACACCUGGCAGCUCUGCUGACCGACACGUCCUCCUUCUUCACCCGCACGCGUGAGAAAUCGGAGGCGAGUAGAGGUACAGAGAGGGGUGCUGCGCUCCCGUGCCGUGUCAUCGUGUCCUACCACUCUGACUGGGAAGCAGUGACUACUGAUCCUGUGUUGUCCGUGCUAGAUCGUUACAUACCGACUCGCUGCACCUUGGUUCAGGACUUGACCAUGCGUUCCAUGGCCGGUGGGGAUGAGUUACGGCAUGAUUGGCAGGUGUAUCUCAAUGGGGCAGGGGUUAGGCCCGGGGCUGCCAACAGACAGCAGUGGCAUUUAGCUGUUCAUGCCAAUGGUGCUAUGAAGUUUUCUCCAACCAGCAAACUGAGAGAGCCUAAAGACUCAGAUCAGCAAAAGGAAGGGGUUCAAAACCUGUUGCAUUCUACAUAAUAUGUUCCCCUCUUUCCUAUUGAGUGGAAGACUGAAGAGGUAGCGUGUGUAUGUACAUAUGUAUACAGUAUGUGUAUAUGCAUACAUACAUACAUACACACACACUACCACUUCAGUGUAUAUACAUAUCAUUAGAGACAUAGGGAGAGGUGUUCAGGUGAAAACUUAUUGUCAAUAGCAAUAUUGUCACCUGCUAUUACACAAAGAAAAGAAGACACAAUUUAUGGGGAUGAAGUUUAUGUAU